AUGGAGGGGCUGCCCUCUGUGGAGCUGGAAGUCCUCUCCCUCAAGCACAAUGGGAUUUGGCAGCCAAAGGCAAGUGAGGUGCUGGUGAUGGUCAUCGAGGCGCUGCAGGCCAAGGACAGCAAGAAGGGUGUCUCUGCUGUAGCCAUCAGGAGGUUCAUCCUGGCCAAGUACCCCACCGUGCAUCCCACCCUCCUCAAGUACUGGCUGAAGGUGACACUGAGCAAGGCGCUGAACCGUGGGGACCUGGUGCGGCCCCGCAACUCCACUGCCACAGGGGUCACUGGCACCUUCAUGUUAGCCCCCAAGAUGCGCAAGCUGAAGCAGCCACCACACCAGGCAGAUCCUGACAGAGAACCCCUGAAGCCAGCCCAGCCUGGGACCAACCAGCCCGGCCAGGCCCCCAUGGCAGGUGUGCGGCAGCAAGGGGCCGUGGAGGAGAAGCGGAAAGUGGCGAAGCAGAAGUUGAGGGCAAAGCGCAUGGAGGCCUCCCCACCGGCAGCAGCAAAGCCCAGGAGCGAUGGAGCAAAGCCCCCACCAGCUGCCAGCCGCAACCGAGGCCCUGGCAAAGGGCGUGCGGGGCCCUCCAUGGCUCCAGCUGCUGAGGAGGCAGGAGGGGACAGCGGUGACAGCCCUGCGGGUGCCAGGGCGAAGGGGCCACGGAAGACCCCAGUGGGAAAGAGCAAGAGGAAGGUACCCAAGGGGGCCCAGCCAAGAGCACCGAAGGGGCCUGAGCCAGGAGCACUGAAGGGGCCUGAGCCAGGAGCACUGAAGGGGCCUGAGCCAGGAGCACCCGAGGGCACCCAGCCAGAAGGGACCAAGGUGAAGGGGGCUGAAGGCAAGGUGAGGAAGCCCCGGGGGAAGACAGGAGCCAGCAAGGGGCAGGCCAGCCUGAAAAAGACUGCGGCCCACCCAGAGGGCAAGAAGGCCUCUUAG